AUGCCUCUGCACCUGCACCACUCCUUGACCUUCCGCCACCCAACCCUCUCCCUCCCCAACCUCUCCCUCUCUGGCAUCCUCCCCGGUAUCUCACUCCCUUCCUUCCGCCUCCGCAGCGGCAAAUCAUCCACGUCGAGCUCCUCCGGUCCCUCCGGUCCCUCCGGUCCCUCCUCGUCCACGUCCUCGUCUUCUACUCCUCCUCCUCCGGUUCCACCAGUCCCAUAUAUCAGCCACCCAAGCCCCAUCUCACCUUCCUUCCCUCCCCAUGGGACCCACGCUCACUCAAACACUCAUGCAAGAUACGGACCCAGACCCUCACACCGGAAGCCCAUAACAUCGAUAACAGUCCCCGGAACCGCAGUCCCCGACGACGCGAAUUUCAUACUCGAGUUUAGAGGGCGGGUGGGUGGCAAGUCCAACUCGCGGGGGAAGGAGAGGUCGAGGUCGAAAGUGCGUGGUGAGCGGAAUGGACAGACUGAGUACGAUCCAUGGAACGGUGAAGGGCAGACGUACUGCGAAGAGCCUAGUGGAUGGGAAGGGGAAGGGCAGGGACAAACACUCGGCGUCCGCAUCACCGAUGCUCUUAACUGGACUGGCCUUGCGAACCCAGAGGAGAAAGUGUUCGGGUGUUGUCCGCAUGAGAGUAUCGUUUUGAGUUGUUUUUGGCCCGCACCCGGCACAUUCCCCUCCGAGCCCUUCGACAUUCCAGUAAGGAACGAACGCGGCGAAUCGUAUACGGCGAGGAUGAUCGCGUAUGUCGUCGCGCAGGAGUUUCGGGAGAUGCUUACUACCUCCCCCCUCUCCCCCUCCCCAGACCCAACCCUCCCCGACUUCCGCCUCGUCCGUUCCUCUUACACAGGGCCGCGUCGCGACCCGGGCAUACGUCUUGAAGAUCUGUUUAUUAGUAGGUUGUGGUCGAGGGAUGGGAGGGUAUUUUGGGUUGAGGUGAGGUUGGGUGCGUGAGGGGUAUGUCCGCAGAGCUUGCCCCAGAGGAAGGGAUGUGAGGAGUGUGUGCGUGGUCCUCUCCCGCGCCCCCCAUUUCGUCGAUGGAUCAUUGGAUGGACGCCCAGGUGGUGUCGUUUUGUUGUGUUUUGGAUUUUGCUGGUUUGGAUUUUGCGUUUGAACUUGACUUGACUUUUUUUUCUUUGGAUUCUCGCCUCCUUUAAUUGGCGCUGACGCUCACACCCCACUCAUCUGUAUCCUUACUCCUGCCUGUUGUGCAUCCACAUUCUUUUGUACCGUACCCCGUACUCCAUAUGUCCUCCCACACACUCACACACCCCUCUUGUAUGACCCCUGCUCGUACGAGUACACUGCUGUAUUGUCGUAUCGCUGUAUCUAUUCUUCGCUCGUGCCGACACCCGGACCAGUUUGUGCUUAUACCUACGUCCUGUGUUAAUUAUAAUCCGUUCGAUGUUUAGUCGUUC